AUGGCGGCCAUGGCACCAGUCUGGAAAACCAACGCGACCUUUGACGCCUUCAACCAACCCGUCACCGUACUUGGCCCCGAUGGCACGACUCCGGUUGCCAUCAGCAUCUCCGAUGUCAUGGUGUUGCAGCAAAGCGCCGUCGGCCAGUCCAUCAGCCAGGGCAUUCAGCUCGGCGCCGCUCUAAUGCUACUCCUCACCCUCGUUCUCAUCACCAACAAGGAGAAGCGGCGCAGCUGCGUCUUCCUCUUCAACGCUGCCGCCCUUUUUCUGGUGGCACUCCGGGCCAUCCUGUCUUUGGUCGCUUACACAGGCCCGCUCUUCAAUUUUUACCGCUGGGAAACGAUGUACUACAACGACAUUGGAAGCGCCCAAGCCGUCAGCGCUGCUGGAGAGUUCAUCUCCCUCCUCUUGAUCGUGGUGAUCGAGAUCUCGUUGGCCAUGCAGGUGCGAAUCGUCUGCUGUAACUUGGCGACAUUCCAGCAGCUCGCAGUCAACACCAUCAACGUGGUCACCACGAUCACCGUCAUUGGGCUCCGCUUCGCUCUCAUGGUCGUCAACAUCACCUGGAACAUCGAAGGCCUGACGAGCAUGACGGAAUGGCAGUUCAAGAUGAUCAACCGCUUCGCCGCCGCCACAAACAUCACGCUCGUCAUCAGCAUCGGCAUCUCCACCGUCAUCUUCUGCGCGAAGCUGGGCUUCGCCAUCGAAUCGAGGAGGAGUCUGGGGUUGAAGCAGUUUGGGCCGAUGCAGAUCAUCUUUGUCAUAGGAUGUCAGACGAUGUGCACGCCACUCAUCUUCACCAUUGUCGCCUACUUCGCCGUCAAGAACGCUCAACUCACCAGCGUCCCACCCACCAUCGUCGCCAUCUCCCUCCCGCUCUCCGCCAUGUGGGCGACCGCCAACACGAACAACCGCCACGCUGCAUCGAGCGACCGACGUGCCCAGAUUCCGCUCGGUGGCUCGGACUUUGCAAAGAAGCCUGGUGGGAAGGGCAGCUACUACACCGACACCGAGACAACGGGCACGCUUGUCGGCGACUCACCACGCAAGGGGCAUUUCGAGGGUUCGGUGCGGGAGGGCGAAAGAGAGCAGGAUCUGGAGAUGCAGUCGCUGGGCCGAGAGAGGGGCCUAGGUGUGCAGGUGGAGAGGGCGUUUAGUGAGUCUGCUCAACGCAAUGCCCGCCGUGUGAGCGAUACGAUCUGCACCGGACCCGUCGAGCUCAGCGUCGACCGCAACUCGAAGCAUAGUGGGAUGGAGAUUAUGCCUGUUGGGCAGCAGAAGUGGGAUGGUGCGUUCUUUUGA